AUGGCUAUAACAAUUUGUCCAAAUGUUGAAACUUGUGCAUCAAUUGGCCGGGAAAAGGACACGGUGGUUGCAGACCUGGACGGAACCCUACUUAGAGGCCGGAGUUCGUUCCCUUACUUUGCCCUAGUCGCCUUCGAGGUAGGAGGGAUUCUAAGGCUCUUCUUCUUGCUGUUGGCUUCACCAAUUGUGGGAUUUCUCUACUACUUUGUCUCGGAGUCUGCCGGAAUCCAAGUUCUAAUUUUUGCAACAUUUGUUGGAAUGAGGGUGUCCGAUAUUGAAUCCGUCGCUCGUGCCGUGCUGCCCAAAUUUUACUCGAGCGACCUUCAUCCGGAGUCGUGGCGCGUGUUCUCGGCUUGUGGGAGACGCUACGUGCUCACCGCGAAUCCAAGGAUUAUGGUGGAGGCAUUUUUGAAGGACUUCUUGGGGGCUGAUUUGGUUUUGGGGACUGAGAUUGGAACUUAUAAGGGUAGGGCUACAGGGUUUGUUUGUCAACCUGGAGUGCUUGUAGGGAAGAAGAAGGCAGAUGCUCUUCAGAAGGCUUUCGAAGGGACUCCGCCGGAGAUAGGGCUCGGCGACCGGCAUACUGAUCUUCCCUUCAUGACCUUGUGCAAGGAGGGUUAUAUUGUACCACCAUGCAAACCAGAGAUUAAGGCCGUGACAAGCGACAAGCUCCCCAAGCCCAUCAUCUUCCACGACGGUCGUCUUGUCCGAAAGCCGACACCCCUCAUGGCACUCCUCAUUAUCCUCUGGAUCCCCAUAGGCUUCCUCCUCGCCUGCCUGAGAAUUGCCGCCGGCUCACUCCUCCCCAUGUCCAUCGUCUACCACGCCUUCUGGGCACUCGGCGUCCGAGUCACCGUCAAGGGCAACCCACCUCCGCCGGUGAAAAAGUCGACCGGCCGCUUAGGUGUCCUCUUCAUUUGUUCCCACAGAACCCUACUUGACCCAAUAUUUCUCUCCACCGCCCUCGGCCGCCCCAUCCCGGCCGUCACAUACUCCGUCUCCAGACUCUCCGAAAUCAUCUCGCCGAUCAAGACCGUCCGUCUAAGCCGCGACCGAGCCACGGACGCAUCCAUGAUAAAGAAGCUAUUAGAAGAUGGUGACCUAGCCCUAUGCCCCGAGGGAACCACUUGUCGGGAGCCGUUUCUUCUAAGGUUUUCAGCACUGUUUGCUGAACUAACCGACCAGCUCGUGCCGGUGGCAAUGGUGAACCGGAUGAGCAUGUUUCACGGGACAACUGCAAGGGGGUGGAAAGGGAUGGAUCCAUUUUACUUCUUCAUGAACCCUAGUCCUGCAUAUGAAGUAACAUUCUUGAACAAGUUGCCACAGGAGCUAACAUGCAGCUCUGGUAAGGCUAGCCAUGAAGUAGCAAAUUACAUACAGAGAGUCAUCGCCGCGACUCUUUCAUAUGAGUGCACUACAUUCACCAGGAAAGAUAAAUACCGGGCACUUGCAGGAAAUGAUGGCUCGGUGGUGGAGAAACCUAAGCUCAAAGCCAACAUGAACAAAGUAAUGGGAUGCUAA